AGAGUAGACCAAGUGCAACAGGCACCUGGCUGCAGCCAGGAAGGACCGCGCGCCCUUUCGCGCAGGAGAGUGGAAGGAGGGAGCUGUUUGCCAGCACCGAGGUCUUGUGGCACAGGCAACGCUUGACCUGAGUCUUGCAGAAUGAAAGGCAUCACAGGAGGCCUCUGCAUGAUGUGGCUUCCAAAGACUCAAGGACCACCCACAUUACAAGUCUGGAUUGAGGAAGGCAGAAAUGGAGAUUCAAACACCACGUCUUCUAUUAUUUUAUUAAUCAAUCUGUAGACAUGUGUCCCCACUGCAGGGAGUGAACUGCUCCAAGGGAGAAACUUCUGGGAGCCUCCAAACUCCUAGCUGUCUCAUCCCUUGCCCUGGAGAGACGGCAGAACCAUGGCAUUUUAUAGCUGCUGCUGGGUCCUCUUGGCCCUCACCUGGCACACCUCUGCCUACGGGCCAGACCAGCGAGCCCAAAAGAAAGGGGACAUUAUCCUUGGAGGACUCUUUCCUAUUCAUUUUGGAGUAGCAGCUAAAGAUCAAGAUCUCAAAUCAAGGCCGGAGUCUGUGGAAUGUAUCAGGUAUAAUUUCCGUGGGUUUCGCUGGUUACAGGCUAUGAUAUUUGCCAUAGAGGAGAUAAACAGCAGCCCAGCCCUUCUUCCCAACUUGACGCUGGGAUACAGGAUAUUUGACACUUGCAACACCGUUUCUAAGGCCUUGGAAGCCACCCUGAGUUUUGUUGCUCAAAACAAAAUUGAUUCUUUGAACCUUGAUGAGUUCUGCAACUGCUCAGAGCACAUUCCCUCUACGAUUGCUGUGGUGGGAGCAACUGGCUCAGGCGUCUCCACGGCAGUGGCAAAUCUGCUGGGGCUCUUCUACAUUCCCCAGGUCAGUUAUGCCUCCUCCAGCAGACUCCUCAGCAACAAGAAUCAAUUCAAGUCUUUCCUCCGAACCAUCCCCAAUGAUGAGCACCAGGCCACUGCCAUGGCAGACAUCAUCGAGUAUUUCCGCUGGAACUGGGUGGGCACAAUUGCAGCUGAUGAUGACUAUGGGCGGCCGGGGAUUGAGAAGUUUCGAGAGGAAGCUGAGGAAAGGGAUAUCUGCAUCGACUUCAGUGAACUCAUCUCCCAGUACUCUGAUGAGGAAGAGAUCCAGCAUGUGGUGGAGGUGAUUCAAAAUUCCACGGCCAAAGUCAUCGUGGUUUUCUCCAGUGGCCCAGAUCUUGAGCCCCUCAUCAAGGAGAUUGUCCGGCGCAAUAUCACGGGCAAGAUCUGGCUGGCCAGCGAGGCCUGGGCCAGCUCCUCCCUGAUCGCCAUGCCUCAGUACUUCCACGUGGUUGGAGGCACCAUUGGAUUCGCUCUGAAGGCUGGGCAGAUCCCAGGCUUCCGGGAAUUCCUGAAGAAGGUCCAUCCCAGGAAGUCUGUCCACAAUGGUUUUGCCAAGGAGUUUUGGGAAGAAACAUUUAACUGCCACCUCCAAGAAGGUGCAAAAGGACCUUUACCUGUGGACACCUUUCUGAGAGGUCACGAAGAAAGUGCCGACAGGUUUAGCAACAGCUCGACAGCCUUCCGACCCCUCUGUACAGGGGAUGAGAACAUCAGCAGUGUCGAGACCCCUUACAUAGAUUACACGCAUUUACGGAUAUCCUACAAUGUGUACUUAGCAGUCUACUCCAUUGCCCACGCCUUGCAAGAUAUAUAUACCUGCUUACCUGGGAAAGGGCUCUUCACCAAUGGCUCCUGUGCAGACAUCAAGAAAGUUGAGGCGUGGCAGGUCCUGAAGCACCUACGGCAUCUAAACUUUACAAACAAUAUGGGGGAGCAGGUGACCUUUGAUGAGUGUGGUGACCUGGUGGGGAACUAUUCCAUCAUCAACUGGCACCUCUCCCCAGAGGAUGGCUCCAUCGUGUUUAAGGAAGUCGGGUAUUACAACGUCUAUGCCAAGAAGGGAGAAAGACUCUUCAUCAACGAGGAGAAAAUCCUGUGGAGUGGGUUCUCCAGGGAGGUGCCCUUCUCCAACUGCAGCCGAGACUGCCUGGCAGGGACCAGGAAAGGGAUCAUUGAGGGGGAGCCCACCUGCUGCUUUGAGUGUGUGGAGUGUCCUGAUGGGGAGUAUAGUGAUGAGACAGAUGCCAGUGCCUGUAACAAGUGCCCAGAUGACUUCUGGUCCAAUGAGAACCACACCUCCUGCAUUGCCAAGGAGAUCGAGUUUCUGUCGUGGACAGAGCCCUUUGGGAUCGCACUCACCCUCUUUGCCGUGCUGGGCAUUUUCCUGACAGCCUUUGUGCUGGGUGUGUUUAUCAAGUUCCGCAACACACCCAUUGUCAAGGCCACCAACCGAGAGCUCUCCUACCUCCUCCUCUUCUCCCUGCUCUGCUGCUUCUCCAGCUCCCUGUUCUUCAUCGGGGAGCCCCAGGACUGGACGUGCCGCCUGCGCCAGCCGGCCUUUGGCAUCAGCUUCGUGCUCUGCAUCUCAUGCAUCCUGGUGAAAACCAACCGUGUCCUCCUGGUGUUUGAGGCCAAGAUCCCCACCAGCUUCCACCGCAAGUGGUGGGGGCUCAACCUGCAGUUCCUGCUGGUUUUCCUCUGCACCUUCAUGCAGAUUGUCAUCUGUGUGAUCUGGCUCUACACCGCGCCCCCCUCAAGCUACCGCAACCACGAGCUGGAGGAUGAGAUCAUCUUCAUCACGUGCCACGAGGGCUCGCUCAUGGCCCUGGGCUUCCUGAUCGGCUACACCUGCCUGCUGGCAGCCGUCUGCUUCUUCUUUGCCUUCAAGUCCCGGAAGCUGCCGGAGAACUUCAAUGAAGCCAAGUUCAUCACCUUCAGCAUGCUCAUCUUCUUCAUCGUCUGGAUCUCCUUCAUUCCAGCCUAUGCCAGCACCUAUGGCAAGUUUGUCUCUGCCGUGGAGGUGAUUGCCAUCCUGGCAGCCAGCUUUGGCUUGCUGGCGUGCAUCUUCUUCAACAAGAUCUACAUCAUUCUCUUCAAGCCAUCCCGCAACACCAUCGAGGAGGUGCGUUGCAGCACUGCAGCUCACGCUUUCAAGGUGGCUGCCCGGGCCACGCUGCGCCGCAGCAACGUCUCCCGCAAGCGGUCCAGCAGCCUUGGAGGCUCCACGGGAUCCACCCCCUCCUCCUCCAUCAGCAGCAAGAGCAACAGCGAAGACCCAUUCCCACAGCCCGAGAGGCAGAAGCAGCAGCAGCCGCUGGCCCUAACCCAGCAAGAGCAGCAGCAGCAGCCCCUGACCCUCCCACAGCAGCAACAAUCUCAGCAGCAGCCCAGAUGCAAGCAGAAGGUCAUCUUUGGCAGCGGCACGGUCACCUUCUCACUGAGCUUUGAUGAGCCUCAGAAGAACGCCAUGGCCCACAGGAAUUCUACGCACCAGAACUCCCUGGAGGCCCAGAAAAGCAGCGAUACGCUGACUCGACACCAGCCAUUACUCCCGCUGCAGUGCGGGGAAACGGACUUAGAUCUGACCGUCCAGGAAACAGGUCUGCAAGGACCUGUGGGUGGAGACCAGCGGCCAGAGGUGGAGGACCCUGAAGAGUUGUCCCCAGCACUUGUAGUGUCCAGUUCACAGAGCUUUGUCAUCAGUGGUGGAGGCAGCACUGUUACAGAAAACGUAUUGAAUUCAUAAAAUGGAAGGAGAAGACUGGGCUAGGGAGAAUGCAGAGAGGUUUCUUGGGGUCCCAGGGAUGAGGAAUCGCCCCAGACUCCUUUCCUCUGAGGAAGAAGGGAUAAUAGACACAUCAAAUGCCCCGAAUUUAGUCACACCAUCUUAAAUGACAGUGAAUUGACCCAUGUUCCCUUUAAAAUUAAAAAAAAAGAAGAGCCUUGUGUUUCUGUGGUUGCAUUUGUCAAAGCAUUGAGAUCUCCACGGUCAGAUUUGCUGUUCACCCACAUCUAAUGUCUCUUCCUCUGUUCUAUCCCACCCAACAGCUCAGAGAUGAAACUAUGGCUUUAAACUACCCUCCAGAGUGUGCAGACUGAUGGGACAUCAAAUUUGCCACCACCAGAGCUGAGAGUCUGAAAGACAGAAUGUCACCAGUCCUGCCCAAUGCCUUGACAACUGACUGAAUUUUAAAUGUUCACAACAUAAGGAGAAUGUAUCUCCUCCUAUUUAUGAAAACCAUAUGAUAUUUUGUCUCCUACCUGCUGCUAUUAUGUAACAUCCAGAAGGUUUGCACCCCUCCUAUACCAUAUGUCUGGUUCUGUCCAGGACAUGAUACUGAUGCCAUGUUUAGAUUCCAGGAUCACAAGAAUCACCUCAAAUUGUUAGGAAGGGACUGCAUAAACCAAUGAGCUGUAUCUGUAAUUAAUAUUCCUAUAUGUAGCUUUAUCCUUAGGAAAAUGCUUCUGUUGUAAUAGUCCAUGGACAAUAUAAACUGAAAAAUGUCAGUCUGGUUUAUAUAAGGCAGUAUUAUUGAGCUCUAUUUCCCCACCCCACUAUCCUCACUCCCAUAAGCUAAGCCUUAUGUGAGCCCCUUCAGGGACUCAAGGGUCCAGAAGUCCCUCCCGUCUCUACCCCAAAGAAUUCCUGAAGCCAGAUCCACCCUGUCCCUGUACAGAGUAAGUUCUCAAUUAUUGGCCUGCUAAUAGCUGCUAGGGUAGGAAAGCGUGGUUCCAAGAAAGAUCCACCCCCAAAUGUCAGAGCUAUGUUCCCUCCAGCAGUGGUGUUAAUACUGCCGGUCACCCAGGCUCUGGAGUCAGAGAGACAGACCGGGGUUCAAGCCAUGGCUUGGUCAUUUGCAAGCUGAGUGACUGUAGGCAGGGAACCUUAACCUCUCUAAGCCACAGCUUCUUCAUCUUUAAAAUAAGGAUAAUAAUCAUUCUUUCCCCUCAGAGCUCUUAUGUGGAUUAAACGAGAUAAUGUAUAUAAAGUACUUUAGCCUGGUACCUAGCACACAAUAAGCAUUCAAUAAAUAUUAGUUAAUAUUAUUACUGAUACUGUAAUAAUUAUUUUUUCCCUUACUUCAAAUACAAAACAAAACAUACAUAUUAACCAUUCAGAUUGUACUGCCUAGCCCACUGAUCACAAUCACUCUCUCUGUAAUAAGCCCAAGAGCUCUGGGCCCAACACAUGGGGUCAGCCCUAGUAUCACUGGCUCAUGGUGAGGAAGCCAGAAAGCUGGUCAGCCCUUCAGGUGGCCCAAUGCCCUGUGUCUGCAGUGUCAGGGCCUGGACCUCCAGCAUCCAGGGAAGACCAUCACCAGUCUAGCAGGAGGUUCUAAGCUGAGGCCAAACCAUUGCAAUUAAAUCUCCUGAAGCCUCAAAUUUUACAGCUCUUGGUGACUUCUUCCCCUGACCACUUUCUUCCAAAGGGGCGCCUUUCAGUGAUUUGUAGGGCAAAUUGGUGGACUUGAUAGUUGUUAAGAUUAUAAUGAGAAACCAUUAGAGGGCACCAUGUGGGAGCGUGACUGUGAGCAGAAUGUGGUGACUCAGGAUGACCCAAGUGAGGUGCCUGCUCCCCACCUAGGAAGGGCACCGGCCCCCACCCAGCCUGCGCCUCCCUGCAGUCAUGCCUCUGAGCAAGGCACCGAGCUGAGUGGGGAUUUAUAUUUAACAUUUUACUUGGUCUUAAAAGAAAUGCUGAAAAUGUGAUGGUUUCAAAAUAACUAUGAGGGAACAGCCUCAACAGAAUGUGACAUACUUCUCCCUCCAGGGUUUGACUUCAAUGUCCAUGUCACCCAAGGGGCUUUAGGAGGAAAACAUAGGUUUACAGUGAGCUUUCAUUUCACCAAGUGCUUGCAAAUAAGGAGUCUCUCCCAAUGCUGUUGUCAGAAAGGCAGAUACAGCAACACUGUCCCAAUUUAUACGUAGCAGGCACAACUCAGCACAAAAUCAGGGGUGUGAAAUAUGAACUUGCAUUGUUUUUCUACAACAACUUAAUUUCUAUCUCAAAUUCCCCUCCAGCCUAGUGACAGAAACUUCAUCUUAGUCGAAUCGGGGUUUUCACAGUAACCUCAGUGUUUUCUGAGCCAAUUUAGAUGUUUGGGGAUCAAUUCAGAGGUUGUUCCUUCUCCCUUCCAGGAGGGUUUUUGUAAUGUUGGGGUGGGCCUCCUCAGUCAUCAGCAGCUCCCUCAUGACAUUGCUGAAAGCAAUCUUAUCUGGCCUUCGCUGGCGUGCUCUGAGGCAUUGUAUCCUCAUCUGGUCCCAUCAUGGGAUUCGUGGUGGUUUUCACGCAUGCCUCACUGUCCUAACCAGUCGGUCCCUGUGGGGCCUGCUAGCUCUUGCAGCUACCUCCAUGCUCAUCCCUGAGGCCCAGAAAUCACUGGCAGCCUCACUUCCAUGUCUACUUGACUGCUGUCUCCCCAUGACAGUACACAGAGCUUAUGGAGGCUAACAAAGCUUCCAGGGUACCAGAGAAGAAACAGGGUACAUGUCUCCAAACCUGAAUAGACUUCGUAGUGGGCAAAUAAUGGUCACCCAAAGAUGCCCACAUCCUCAUCUCUAGAACCUAUGGCUAUGUUGUUACAUGGCAAGGGUGAAUUAAAGUAUAGUGGAAUUAAGAUUGCUAAUCAGCUGACCUUGAGAUAGGAAGAGCGUCCCAAAUUAUCCAGGUGGGUCCAGUGGAAUCCCAAGGGCCCUUAAAUGUGGACGAAGCAGAAGAGUCAGUGUGAGAGCAAUACAGUAUGAGAAAAACACCACUGGCCUGUACUGCCUUUGCGUAGGGAAGUGGACAUGAGCUGAGGAAGGCAGGCUGCUUCUAGAAGCUGGCAAAUGCCAGAAAACCGAUUCUCCCCUAAAACAUCCAGAAAGGAAUGCAGCCCUGCCAACAUCUUGAUUUUAGCCCAGUGACACCCUUGUAGGACUUUGGACCUCCAGAUCUGUAAGAUAAUACAUUUGUGUUGUUUUAAGCCAUGAAGUUUAUAGUAAUUUGUUUCAGCAGCAACAGAAAACAAAUACAUUUGUAUUGUUAUCUCCUUCCCUGAGUUUUGGCAGCCAGAGCCUGUCUCAGAGAUCUAUUCCUGUUCUUACUGUGGUCCUCUUCCCUUCACCUAGCUCACUCCUUCCCCUCUAAUAUUCUAUUCCUCUACAUCUGCUUGGGAAAGUAUAAACCUCAUAUUCUAAGUCUUUGCUGGCUUUGGUUAUAGAAAAUACACAGCCAUGUUGUCUCAUUCUAUUAUCUGUCAGUAGCAGAAACCUGAAAUUGGUAGCUUCAACAAACUAGUGUUUGCUUUUCUCUUGAAUAAAGGAAGUCAGGAGGUAAAUAUAUGAUCACCUUUUAAUUACUUUUUAAAAUAUUUCUUAGGUUUUGUUAACAAUGGGAAACUGCUUACAUUUCUUUUGAAAAUUAAAAUGAAUUAUAAAGUUAAAAAGAUUUUCACUCAAAUGAAAGUGUCCUAGAAGAUUUUAAGAAUUUAGGUUGGAAAUUUAGAGGUGACAAUCAGCAUAUAACAUCAAUACCCUGAAAGUCCCUAUGAUCGUCACACGUUGUCUAAUUGCAUUAAUUUUGAUUUUGGGGAAGUUGGGGCUACCCUACCUCUGUCUCCAAAAGGCACAUUUCAAGGCAAUGUUGUCUGUCGUUUUGCUCUGGCUGAAAUCACAUAGCUACGGGCUGGUUCUGCCCAGCCAGAGCUUCCCUUUGCUCAUCUGCUGCAUUUGAAAUAAUUAUUGCUACAAGAAUAAUGGAACAUCAAUAAGGGCUGCUAAUCACCGGAGGAGGUGGCCCUCAUUUGUCUGAGCCUGAGUGGUCAUUUUAGGAGUCCACUGGAGACAAGAAUACUCCCAAAGGUAGAUGGAAUUAGGGUAGGUGGGAGGAAGUUGCCACAGUGAGAUCACAGCCUCUGGGAGAUGCUGGUUUUCCUGGCCCAGAUCAUGGAAAAAAAACAUCAAGACUUGGAUGACAACUUUGAGUGACUUUGCUAUUAUGCAAGGAGUGAGGCAGGGGUCAGGGAAACAACAAGCACAGGGUAGAACCUGUCACAGGAAUAAAGGUGCAUUCCAAGGAUCCAAAGAAGAGUCUUAGCCUUGAGAGGAAAAGCUCAGCAAGUGAUAUGAGAAAUGGAGAACUGCUAGGUGAAGGCCAACAGGGCAGGAAGCUGGGCAGAGCCAGCAUGAAGGUGCCUCUGGGAACUGGAGGGACAACUGUGACUCUAGCACCGAGUGGGGCUAGGGGAACCUUCUCCUCUGUUGGGAAUAACCACCACAUUCAUCCCCUCCCCUGACCCCUGGACAAGAGUGGAGGACACUUGGAGUGGAGACAAGCAGGGGUACCCGUUUAAAUCAACAGCUGAGGCCAGAUGCAGAGGCUCAUGCCUGCAAUCCCAGCACUUUGGGAGGCUGAGGUGGGAGGAUCACUUGAGCCCCAAGAGUUGAAGACCAGCCUGGGCAACAUGGCAAAACCCCAUCUCUACAAACAAUAAAAAAAAAAAAAACAGCUGGACAUGGUGGCAUGCGCCUGUAGUGGCAGAUAGGAGGCUGAGGUGGGAGGAUCUGCUUGAGCCCAGGAGGUGAAGGCUGCAUUGAGCUGUGAUUGCACCACUGCACUCCAGCCUGGGUGACAGAGCAAGACCCUGCCAAAAAAAAAAAAAAAAGAAGAAGAAAAACAGUUUUAUUGGUAGAGGCGGGGGGAAUAAUAGAGAUACAGCACCAGCUCCCUGCCUCUAAAAUGUGGGCACCUGGGUAACUAGAUAGCACAGGAAGUUAGAACAAAUAAAAGCAGCAAACUCUGUGACUGAAGUUUCAGCACAUGGAUGGCAAAUAUUUUCAAGUUUGGUGAAAAUAGGUAAGAGAUCAAGGCCCAAGAAUAAACCCUGGGGUCAUUACAGGAUUUCCUGUAAAGGCAUCAGGAAAUGUUUUUGGAAGAAUGUGAUUGUCUUCGUUGAUAUCAACCCAAAGAUGUGGUUAUUGUUCAGAAUGUCCUGAUUUUCUUUAAAUGUUUUGUUUCUAUCUGACCUCUCAUUAUAAAUGAGAAACUUAUAAAUUAUAAAUAUACACUCAUUAUAAAUGAAGAUUGCUUGGUAAUGGACUAAUGGAUAAUUGUUUCUGCUUCUUUAGGAUGUUCUAAAUUUUUCCCAAGUUUUGUACAUUAAGCACAAAAUUAUAACAGGAAAAUAAAGAAAAGAAUUUAAAAUCAACAUGCAACCAAAUUUUAAACAGAUAAGUAUAUCAUAUUAGAUAGGAAUCACCAUACUGGGUCAGUCACCCCUCCUCCAAAUUUUUCUUUAUUCUUUUUUUUUUAUUAUACUUUAAGUUUUAGGGUACAUGUGCACAACGUGCAGGUUUGUUACAUAUGUAUACAUGUGCCAUGUUGGUGUGCUGCACCCAUUAACUCAUCAUUUACCAUUAGGUAUAUCUCCUAAUGCUAUCCCUCCCCCCUUCCCCACCCCACAAUAGGCCCUGGUGUGUGAUGUUCUCCUUCCUGUGUCCAUGUGUUCUCAUUGUUCGAUUCCCACCUAUGAGUGAGAAUACGUGGUGUUUGGUUUUUUGUCCUUGCGUUAGUUUGCUGAGAAUGAUGGUUUCCAGCUUCAUCCAUGUCCCUACAAAGGACAUGAACUCAUCAUUUUUUAUGGCUGCAUAGUAUUCCAUGGUGUAUAUGUGCCACAUUUUCUUAAUCCAGUCUAUCAUUGUUGGACAUUUGGGUUGGUUCCAAGUCUUUGCUAUUGUGAAUAGUGCCACAAUAAACAUAUGUAUGCAUGUGUCUUCAUAGCAGCAUGAUUUAUAAUCCUUUGGGUAUAUACUCAGUAAUGGGAUGGCUGGGUCAAAUGGUAUUUCUAGUUCUAGAUCCCUGAGGAAUCGCCACACUGACUUCCACAAUGGUUGAACUAGUUUACAGUCCCACCAACAGUGUAAAAGUGUUCCUAUUUCUCCACAUCCUCUCCAGCACCUGUUGUUUCCUGACUUUUUAAUGAUCGCCAUUCUAACUGGUGUGAGAUGGUAUCUCAUUGUGGUUUUGAUUUGCAUUUCUCUGAUGGCCAGUGAUGAUGAGCAUUAUAAAUGAAGAUUGCUUGGUAGUGGACUAAUGGAUAAUUGUUUCUGCUUCUUUAGGAUUUUCUAAAUUUUUCCCAAGUUUUGUAUAUUAAGCACAAAAUUAUAACAGGAAAAUAAAGAAAAGAAUUUAAAAUAAA